UCUUUGAUACGCUCGCGCAAGCGCAUACGUCUUGACGUUGACGUCGUCCCGCAGCUUGGCGCGGAGGUUUGUUUUGUAACUUUUUCAGGGUGUCAUCGUUUGAAGAUGUUCCGUAAAAAGCGUCGCUCCUCUGUGAAUGCAGGAGAAGCUGCUUCAACGACUACAAAGCCAAAAAAGAGCCGCAGCACCGGACGCCAACCCAAGGAGUCAGAUCCACAGGAGACAAAUGAAAGUGUAUUUGAUGUCUUCCUGAGAGAGGCAGGUGUCACCUUGAAGCACGGCGACACAUCCAAUGAGAUUGCUGUUGACCAGAUCGUUUUCCAGAAACGGAUACAGAAACAGCUGCAGAAGAGUCCAAGGUAUCCUGGGAUCAUAGAGGAAUUCAUCACUGGUUUGGACUCAUACAUAGAGAACCAUGACAGGUUCAGGAACCUACUCCUUCCAUGUGUUCCUCGGGUGUCGGAUGGAGAUUUGAGUUCUGGCAGCUCAUUCCAGGAAAGCCUGCUGCGCAUGUUGUUGGGCAUCGAGAUGCUGCAGACUUUGAUCGUAAACACCCUGCUCGAGAAGCUCCCUGAAUUUAUGUUUGAAGGCUCUGGUGAUGGAGCACUCAGCAUCCCACGCCUGAUCAUUAACCAGCUCAAGUGGCUAGACAGAGUUGUGGACACCAAGGAGCUGGCGGCCAAGCUCAUGGAGCUGGUGUCGGUCGCGCCGCUGGAGGUUCAGCGCGACAUCAUCACCAGUCUCCCAGAGAUCCUGGAAGACUCCCAGCACAACGACAUAGCCAAGGAGCUCAACUCGUUGCUCCAACAGAACUCUCAGUUGACCGUCCCCAUCCUGGAUGCCCUCUCUAGCCUGAACCUCACCUCCUCGUUACUAACAGAGGUCCGUGGAGGUGUUAUGGCCACGCUGGCCGCCGUGCAACUGGAGGAUCUGCCCGUCGUGGUCAAAUUCAUCCUGCACUCCGUCUCAGCCUCGGACGUCUCCGAGGUGGUGUGUAAUCUUCGUAAAAAGCUGGAGCUGGAGCAGUGCGUUCUUCCUCCCGCGCUGCAGGCCUCUCAGAGCCGCAUGAAGAGCAAAUCAGCCGUGGUAUCCGCGACUGCACAGGCAGCUGGUAGCGGCCAAGACAGCGUCGCUUUGAUCCUGGACUGCAUCAAGUCAGCAGUGAGAUUCCAGAAAACCAUCUCUGAAGCUUGGCUCAAGGCGAUAGAGUCAGUGGAAGAAGUGGAGGACCACAAGGUCUUAGAUCUGCUGCUGCUGUUCAUCCUCCACUCCAACAACGCCAACCAGAGCCGACGCGGAGCCGAGAGAGUGCUGAAGGUCAAAGUGAAGACUGGGCUCAUCCAAGAGGCUCUGCUGCAGAAAACCUUCAGAGACUACGCUCAGGUCAUGAGAGGGUACUUCCCCUCCAUCCUGGCUCUGGCUCAGAGUCUGUUGCGCUCCCCAGACCCCUGCGUGGUGCCUUUUGGAGGCCACAUGUACCGACACUCCUUCACUGCCUUUGACUCUUACUGUCGUCAGGAGGUGGUGGGCUCUCUAGUCACCCAUGUGUGCAGUGGUGUGGGUAGAGAGGUGGACGUGGCUCUGGAGCUGCUCUGCAGUCUGGUUACGGAAAAGCCCUCGGAGAUGGCCCAGUAUGCCGUGUUUGUCAAGGGAAUCUUGGACUACAUGGACAACCUCACGCCCCAGCAGAUUCGAAGGCUCUUCCACCUCCUGAGCAGACUGGCCUUCGGGCAGCAGCAGCAAGGAUCUCACAUCCAGGUGUCACAUAUUCAGAUACGACCCAUCGCCUCUGCCUUUUCUUUCUCUCCUUCCUGCACUCAAACAUCAUUCUUGUUGCGUUUCUCCCCUCAGGACGACCUGCACAUCGUGAUCCGCAAACAGCUCUCCAGCACUGUGCCCAAGUACAAGCGGAUCGGCAUCAUCGGCGCCGUAAUGAUCGUGGGCAGCAUGGGGGCGUCCAGGGCGAAAGCCAAUGAGGCACAGAACGGUUCGUUGUCCAAGGAGACGUUCAGACAGGUGACAGCCCUGCUGGAGCUGGUGAAGUCGAGCAGUGAGAGCUCCCCCGAGGCUACAGCUCUGUACUACGACGAACUGGCCAACCUGAUUCUGAGCUCCAGCCUGGACCCACAGGUGCAGAGCAUGAUCGGAGACAGUGUCCAAGAUGACUUCCAGAACGACUACGUAGUGGACGUAGAGCUGGAAAUAACCGGUUCCUUCCCCUUCCCAGCCCGUGUGAUGUACAACCUGGAUAAUGAGAAGAGUGAGGGGAGCAUUGCCAUCAACCUGUUGCCUCUGCUGACCAAAGACAUCCAGAACAAAGGGGAGCAGCAGAAUCAAACCAAGAAGGCACAUAGGCGAGUGUCUCCUCUCUGCCUGGCUCCGUUGUUUCGCCUCCUGAGGCUGAGUCAGGAGAGACAGCAUCAGGGAGACCUGGGGGAGAUUGACGGCCUUCUGGAUUGCCCUCUGAUCCUGACGGACAUGGAAGUGGUGGAGAAAACAGAAAGCCUUUCCAAAGCUGAGAGGGAGUUCCUCUGUUCUUUGCUCUUUUACACCAUCAACUGGUUCAGAGAGGUCAUAAACGGGUUCUGCAGGCUGAAGGAAACUGAGAUGAAGAUGAAAGUGAUGACUCGCCUGCAGAACAUCACUUACCUCCAGACGCUGUUGGAGAGAGCUCUGGCAGGAGCGCCGGGCUAUGUUCCCCCAGUCGCCAACUUUGAUAAUGACAGCACUGAUGGGAGUGUACCUGGUGUCAGCCCUCCUGUGAAUAAGACAAAGAAAGACGUCACAGGAAAGAAGAGGAAAGCCUCCGGUAAGAAUCCGUCUGAAAGCUUCUGUCAGUCUGAGGAGGCAACAGAAGCAGAUGAAACUCAGCAGGAUCAGCCAGAAAAGGACAAAGAAAAGGAGACGAGGCCCGGGGUCAGCCUGGCGUCCUACAGGCACUUUUUUAGAGAGCUGGACAUGGAGUUGCUCAGUGUCCUGCAGUGCGGGUUGUUGUCGCGCUCGCUGCUGGACUCCGAGUUGCACACCAAUGUGCGAGAGGAGGUCGUGCUGGGUCCUGCUGAGCUCGUCUUCCUGCUGGAGGAUAUGCUUCGCAAACUGGAUUUCAGUCUCGCAGCUGCCCCUGCCAAGAGAGCCCCUUUCCUCAAGGUGAGGGCCGACAAGAGUGUGGGCUUCUCCCACCUCCAGCAGCGGAGCGCCAAAGAUAUCGCUUCCUUCUGCGUCCAGCUGCUGCCCGCCCUCUGCUCACACCUGGAGAACUGCCACAACCACUUUCAGAUCCUGCUGUCGGAAAACAACGGCGUUGUGGAUGGACCUGCCACCGAUGUGCAGGAGCACCAGUUAAUGUCGUCAGGCUACCAGCUGCUCCUGCAGGUCCUCAACACCACCCUCAGCUGGUCUGGAUUCAGUCAACCAGGACAACGGAGCUUACUGAAGAAGGCUCUGGGAGUUUUGGCCGGACGACUCAAAGAAGGAGCUGCUGAGAUGAGCAUGGAGCAGCUUGUCAAAGACAGUUUUCACUACCUGCUGAACUUCCGAAGCACGAUGCCAAAUCUCAGCACGGCUCUGUGUCUCUCCCAGCUUCUGUCCACCGUGUCGGAGAAAGGAGGAGGUUCUGCUGCUUACAGAGAGCAGACCGCUUCUCUUGCGCGUCAUUUCCUCAGCCAGGCCUGGGUGACGGCUAACGGAGAAAGAGAGCGGGGGAACAAAUUCAAUGAAGCACUUCACACUCUCCUGAGCAUCUACCUGGACCAUGUUGAUGACGUUCUGAAGGCAGUCGAGGAAAUAGCUGGAGAAGGAAUCACUGAGCUCCUCAAUGUAUCCAAAGAUGAGAGCUCUGCGUCCUGGCCCACUCUCAGCAGGCAGACGUUCCUGGUGUUCUACAAAGUGCUGAUGGCAGAGCUGGAGAAAGCUGUCCGGAAGAUUCCUGCUGGCAAAAUGAGUGACAGCUCCGAGGCUCAGAGCGAGAAACUGCUGACAUGGAACUUGGCUGUUAGAGAUUUUCACAUCCUGGUCAACCUCGUUAAGGUGUUUGAUUCGAGGCCGGUUCUCAAUGUGUGCUUAAAGUAUGGCCGUCUUUUCUUGGAGUCUUUCCUGAAGUUGGGGAUGCCGAUACUAGACUACAGUUUCAAAAGACACAAGGUGGAUGUCCAGAGUUUGCUGAAGACCUUCCAGCUCAGCACUCGGCAGCUCCAUCAUAUGUGUGGACAUUCUAAGAUUCACCAGGAUACCAGCUUAACCAACCACGUGCCAGCUCUGAAGAAGAGCCUCGAGUUAUUUGUGUACAGAGUGAAGGCCAUGCUGAUGCUCAACAACUGUCAGGAGGCCUUUUGGAUCGGUAACCUGAAGAAUCGCAACCUGAAGGGCGAAGAGAUUCUUACUCAGAGGGAAGAGGAAAGUGGUGAGGAGGAUGAUGAUGAUGAUAAUGAAGAGGGGCAGCCUGCACCACUGCCACAGCAACAGUCAGAAGAUGAGGCACAGGAGAGUGACUCGGAGGAAAUCACCAAGUGUAGCAGAAUGGAAGAAGACAUUACAGAUGACUCGGAGUAACACUUUUUAACAGAACAAACUGCAUUUGUGUUAGUACUCCAUUUACAGACUUUUUUCACAAACACCUUUUAAAUUCACAAUUUUUCACAACUCAAAAAGCAGUCCACAAAUAGAGGAUCACGAAUACAUAUAUUUAAUUGCACUUCUUUUGUUCUUUCUUGGCAGUAAUACUGUAAGCAUAU